AUCUAUCUUUUCCCAUUUCUCUCCUCCUCUUCCCGAAACUUUUUCCCGUCUCUCUCACCCAUUUCUCUCAGGUAACCCUGCGACUCUCCUCUCGAAGGCGCUCUCGGAUUUACUCAGCCACGCCACCGCCAAUUUCACGGAUUGCGUUAAGAUUCCUCAACCUUAGACUGUGUGAACUGAGCCACGCACACAAGACGUAAAGACAGCACACCGACCACUAUCAAUCAGUCAUCAGCAAUGGCUCGGCUCGUUCACCCAUCAUCAACUUUGGCGGCAUCGUGUUUAUUCCCAUCCUUUCCCGUUGACAGGCUCUGUUCUAAAUUCCUCCACCCAAAAUCUCUGAAUCUCUAUCUGAAUCCCUGUAUCACCAACGUCAAGUCUUUUUCACGUUGCAAAGCUUCAUGGCAAGAGCUUGCUGGCGUUUUAAUAUUCUCUGCGAUUCCUUUCACGGCGGUGAAAGCAAUCGCCAACAGUUCACUCGGAGAUGUGCUUCAGAGGCGAAUGGAGGAGAAAAAGAAAUUCUUUGUAGAGAAUUCUUCAAAGUUUAAGGCACUAGCAAAGAAGGCAAGAAAGGAUAGGUAAUACGUUCGG